AUGCUCGACUCGUUGACAUUUAUCGUCGAGAAGCUAUGCCUUCUGUCCAACUUCAAACUUUUUGAGUUUAAAUUGACUGAUGGGAAACGCAAAGAGUCGGGAUGCCAAGAGCGAAAGACGCAUAGUCACGCGCCGUUGACUCUCCAGAGAGGGGACCUUUUGGAGGUGCCGAGAACUUUGUUCACGCACUUCGGUAUCUACUUGGGUGACAACAAAGUCGCGCACCUGAUCCCAGAUAUCAUGCCCGUGCUAACCAAUGAUAAGAUGAUCAUCAAAAAAGUUAUCACAAAUAAGAGACUCAUCAUGGGUUGCCUGUACAAGUGUGCCACGGUACGCGUGGACAACUUGGAGGACUUUGUGUAUGGCUCAAACAUAUUGGUGAAUCAUAUGGAUAGAAAAUGCAAUGCGCAACAACCGUUCCCAAAUGAAGAGGUUGCAGAAAGGGCAGAACAACUCGUCGGCACCAUCCCUUACAGUUUACUAUGGAAUAACUGUGAACAUUUUGUUACAUACUGCAGAUACGGUGCAGCGAAAAGUCAGCAAACGGAAAUGGUAAUUUUAUUUUCCUUGCAUUAUUUAUUUAUUUAUUUUCAAUACAAUUAAGUUGUGCAUAAUUCUGACCCCUUAACUUUUACGCUACUGGAGAUACUGUAAAUGUAGUGUCUUCUUAAAAUAUUUUGCCUAUGCAUGACCUGUAUCACAGUGAGGACUGUUAUCUUUAGAUUAUGGCAUAGAUAAUGUUUUCAGAGAUUUGCAUUUAGAUUUGGUUAGACCUGGUUGUAUUACUUAUUGGGCACAGCAUCUCCAACCUUUGAUAUUUCCAAUCCCAUAUUUUGCAUUUAUAUUCAUGAUAAUGCAUCUCCAUUUUAAAUUAUAUUAUGUCAUGGUUAAUAUAAUAGGCAACUAUAUUAAGAAACAUUGUGUUUUAUUCAGUGUUACUGAAAAUACAUUUAUUUGGGCUUUGGUUUGUUGUUUUGGUGUUGUUGUAUCCAAGGUCUUCUUCUCUCUUUUCUUCCAUAAUUCAUAAAAGUUUCGAUUUAAAACAUAAAGAAAUUAAAUAUGCCUAAAAUGAAUUGUUCAUAAAAGUCCUGUGUAUUAUUUAUCUCCUUUCUCUGCAGUUUUGUGAGUGCCUGAAAUCAAUCAUCCGAGACCAGAGGAGUGUCUUUCUCAGCGUUCUUCUGGGAAUGAUCUACAUCGUCUGCUUUGGCCUGGCGGCUUCAACUACGUUACCCACAAUCCUCAUCCCCUUCACUCUGUGGAUGGCCGGCUGAGUGGCCAAAGUUCAAAGCCUUCAAACAAUCCUAUGGACAUUUCAAUAGAAACUAUUUGGGAUGGUGUCUUUUCAUUGGUCCUUAUGAUGACAUUACUUGGCACCUCCCAACUCAUAUGCCUUUGGUAUAGGCCUAUAGUGGCAUAUCAUAUAAUAGGCCAUUGUUACAGCAAGCGCUACCAUUCAUUCACUUUUGAUUUGAUACUUGCCAGCCAAAAGUAAACAGAGGGCGAUGUAGUUGUAGGCCUAGCAAUUUACAUUUUAGUGUUCAUGUCAACACUUACUGUAUUGUAUGUAGGCCAUUAAGGCAUUAUAAAGGCCAUAUGAUCCCUCUGUGACCAAAGUAUCAUCCCUAUUUCCCCCCAAAAGAUUGGCUAAGGCACGUUUUCUACUUUUUAUCUUACUGUGUAAGUCAUUGUAGUCUAAUCUGUAAAUAAUUCAAUUUCUUCAAUGAUGAUACUCUUGUAUAAUUUGUAUAUAUAUACAUUCAGUUUGAAACUCUAAGAGUACUACGCUGAUUAAUACAAUACUUUUACCUAUGUGUUUUGAGAGCAGAUCAUUUCAUUUCGUACAAAUACAUUGUAAAUAUCAGAAAUGUUAAUAAAGAUAUUGGAAGUUAUCAUUUGGUUUGUUUUGGUCUGGUUCCAGAAAAUAUGUAAAUAAUUGACGUUUGAAGUAUUUUCCAACAUGUUUCAAUACCGUUAGGUACAUGCAAUCACAGUGCAUCUUAAUACUCACAAUGCAUCUCUAUCAAUACCACCCACAGCAUUUUCAAAUGAUCAUGUUAUUGAUAUAAUAUUGACCACAUAAAAUCCCCAAUAUAUCCCCAUAGUAUUUCAAAUCCCCAAUAUUUAAUCAUAUUAAGUCAAUUUACGUAAAAGCUACAUUUUCUGGAUAAUAUUGCUGAGUAAUGACUAUGCAUUAUUAUUUUCUUUCUACUGUACCGUAUUCACAAUUUUAGACAUAUCAAGAGUGAGUCAGCAUUAUUAACUCACCGUCUGUUUAUUCAGGCUAUAACAUUUUUAUGACCUUUUAAACUGGGGGUUUGUUUUUCUGAUUUGCCAAUGAAAGCCGCAUAACUGGAACACUUUCCCUGAUUAAAUCCUCGGUUGUGAAAUUAAGCCGCCCUCGAAACCACGCGAUUAGCGGAAAGCUCCUUUAUUUCUGUCAAAAUUGCACUGCAAAGUUGAGAAACCUCUAAUCCCACGCGCUUGGCUCCUCCCAGACCCUUAGCCUUGAUAAAACGGCCAGGUGUCAAACCGUUGGAUAUAGUUCUGCCACCAUGAUUCCCUUCCUCCAACUCCUCAGCCUCCUCUUCAUCUCUUCUAAAGUGGAUGAAGAGGACAAAGACUCUAAGUAUGACCUGUCCUUGUACAAACGUGGCGACCUUUUGGAGGUUCCUAGAACUCUCUUCACCCAUUUCGGCAUCUACCUGGGCAACAACCGGGUGGCCCACUUCAUCCCGGACAUCCUUCCAGUCUUCACCAAGAACAAGGCAGCCAUCGGCAAGAUGGUGACCAACAACCGGCUGAUUCUAGGGGUGAUCGCCAAGUCGGCGAGCGUCAGGGUGGACUCAUUGGCGGAUUUUGCGUAUGGCUCUGAGAUCCUGGUCAACCACAUGGACAAGCUGUGCAGCCAGCCCCCCCUGGAGGGGGACGAGGUGGCCAGGAGGGCAGAGAAGCUCAUGGGCCCCAUGACCUACAGCUUGCUGUGGUACAACUGUGAACACUACGUCAUGUACUGCCGCUAUGGCAUGGCCAUCAGCUACCAGACAUACCAGGUGGAGUAUGGGGUUCUCUCCUUUGUCAGAGGGCACUGUUCUUACACGUUUUGGGGGUAGGAUGUGAUUGCAAAAUCUAUGGUGAUUUCACGGACGACUAAGAUCAGUCACUGCAAACUUCUCAGAGCGACAUCAUCACGUGACCCCCAGGGCACUUGAAAUCAAGCAAAGGAGUGUGUCACUUUAGACAAUAGGGUUUCCCAAACCUCCCCUCAACAGUCAGUCCACUGAUUUGACCUAUCCCAGUUUUAGCACACCUGAUUCACCCUGUCAAUCAUCAAACCCUUUAAUAGUUGUGUGCUAGACUCCUGGAAUAGAUCAGUGGAAUGGCUGGAGUUACUCAAGAAAACAAUGCUUUAGUUGAGACUGAAGGAAUAACAUUGUAGACCAUGAGCCAAUAGUACUAUACACUGUAGUACUUGGUGUUACAUAAUGCUCAGGGCAACGAACCAAUGGCGGGAGGAGUUACUGCUGGUUCAAAUUACGGUCAGACAAACUUUUUGUAAUACUGUUCAUUUAUUAUUGAGUGAAGAACUUACUGAGACAUAUUAAAGUGAAUAGCUACCGAUAAAUACGCGCGGGGGAAGCAAAAACUACAAAAACUUGUUCUUAAAUGACUUACAUUAGUAUAUAGCUUUCCUGUUAGAGCAUUAGGCUACACAUUAAACAUUUAUUGGAAGGAAUCAGCUUUACCUCAGAGCAUAUAGUCUCUCCAACCUUUCUGAAAUGCCCCUUUUGGUACAUGUGAUUGUAACCACAGAAAUGUCUCUAUUUAUCCAGUCACCUAUGUCUUAGGAUCAAAACGUCACACGUGAGGGAUAUUUUCUGAAAGAAAAUAGUGUUGGCACUUGGUUUGUGUGGGAAAUAUGCCAGAUAUUUCAAUGGAUUUGAUGGAACAAAACACAGAUUAUGGGACUAUAAAGUGUUGUCGUUAAAUUGACCUGUCACCUCACGUGCCAAAUCGGAACAUAGGUAAAAGGAAAAUGCAUAAGACGAAACCUUUCUUCAACCGUCAGAUAUGUUUUGGUCUUCCAAGUAAAAGUGCUGUUUCAUGCUGACAUCGACUGACUGUGUUGGAAACUAUGGUGAAAUAACGGCUUAGUUGCUCAACUCCUUUGGUUUGAGAAUGGAUUUACAACGUCUCUCGUUUAUAUCAGCCUAUGUUGGAGUAGUUCAGCUGGUAGAGCACGGCGCUUGUAACGCCAGGGUAGUGGGUUCGAUCCCCGGGACCACCCAUACACAAAAAUGUAUGCACGUAUGACUGUAAGUCGCUUUGGAUAAAAGUGUCUGCUAAGUGGCAUAUUAUAUUAUAUUACUUAGUUCAGAAACUAAGCUCAGAUGACGGCAGUUGGCAUACACCAGAUGUGGCUAAUUUGUUCCAGCCCAGCAGUAAAACGCCUGGUUCAAAUGAUCAACGGAUCAUGAUUAAUGGACAUCCUCCUCAAAAUCUCUAAAGCAUAAUAAGUGAGUGUCAUCAGGCUCCAUAUUUAUAAAGCGUCCCAGACGGAACCCUGCAUUAUCAUCUAAAAGUCAAAGCUGGUGAUAGAUCAGCACACCUAAGCCCUGGUCUGAGUUCAGAAGGGCACAUUGUUGUGGAACGCUUAGAAAUAUAUCGGGUAGAACAGACAUGCAACCUCUCUGGCAUGUAAGUAAGGAAUCGGGCAAGCUCUAAUCAUGGCAUUUCUAUCUGAACACAACACAGGUGUGCUGGUACCAACGUCGAAUCUACACAUGCUGUGGUCACCCCUAGCACAGACAAUAGCCAAUCAAUGUGGGAAUACUGCACACUGAUGCAAAGUACUGUAUGAUGAGAGCGGUUAAAAGGCUGUACAUUUCUCUGAAAAGGUCGGAUGAUUCUGUGUUGCGGUGGAUUGAAUGCUUUUAGGCCAAUGAAAAGUGAACUCAAAGGCUGCUUCCCGAUUCUCUACCCUUCUCCAAAAGUGUGCACUUGCACACUCCCCGUCAUGGAUUCAAAAGCAUCUGAUUGGUGUAAGCAGUGGCGGAGGGAGGGAGUUACUAACCUUGGUUAAAUCCAAGAGAGAACGGAGAAGUGUGGAGAAUCGGGACUUGUUGAGUUGGACCGUAGUGCACUGGUGAGCAGCACCAUCUAGUGUUAAUGCAUUAAAGGCCUUCAUGCGUCGCUGUUUGGCUGUGGAUGUUCACCAAAACAGUGGAGGGGUACCCACCUUGAUGUUGUUUAAAUCACAGAUUGCCCCUUUAACGUAGACACAGGAAGUCCUCAAUUUAAACAAUAAAUGCAUUGUAAUAUAAUUCAAAGUAACGAUAAACACUUUCAGUGCUGAAGCCCUAUACAGCAGUGGUUCCCAACCUUUUUCAGUUACUGUACCACCAACUGAAUUUUGCUCUGCCCGGAGUACCCCUGAAGUACCCCUCAUGUGCAUUUGAUCAGUAAGCCUAUGGUCUCAUGAGUCUUCUCAAGUAUCACCUGUGGAUAGGCCAAGUACCCCCAGGGGUCCUAGUACCCCUGGUUGGGAACCACUGCUAUACAGGACUGUAUAGAAUAUAGGUAUUUAUGGUUGAAUCACAAUGGUCUGUCAAAUUAAGACAUCUCAUGCUGUUUCAUAAAUUGUUGUAUCGUCAUUGUAUUUCAUUUGUAUGUAUGAUUGGCCAGAGCUCCUUUAAAAAGAGAUUUGCAUCUCAAUGGUUACAAAUGGAUAUGGGUGAAUAAAUAAAUAAAAUUGACAAUAACGAUUAACCAUUAGAAUAUCAAAGGCCCCAAUUCAAUCAAACAAAGACAAAGGCAAAAAGCACUCCUCUCUUUCACUCAAUGUUAAUACAAUUUAGUAUUAUUUUAGUCAUUUCGUGGAUACAAAAUCUGCAAAGGAUGCUUACUCUUGUUUCACCCUCUCUCCUGCAGUUCUGUUUGACAGUGAGGAAGAUCAUCUGCAGUAGGAUGAACGCCUACCUCACAGCCCUGUGUGGAAUGGGAACCAUGUUGUACCUGGGCUCCCUAACGCUGCUAAACACAGUACCCACCCUGCUCGUCCCCUUCACCAUCUGGAUGGCAUCGUAAAACAAAAAUGGCCACCGACAUAUAGAGACUCAUUGACAUGACUGCGGAAUAUGGAAUGCUUAAAUGAUGUCCUACUAUCAGUAACACUGUAUUAUCACUGUACAUGAAAUCAAAAAAGCAUUGUGGGAAAUGUCACGUUUGUGGUGAUUUUUUUGACAGUUUAAAGAAGAGUAAACAUUUUGUACAACUGGUAUUUACUGUGUAUAACCGUCUAUAAAUGGACAGCAAUAUUCUAAAAAAAUAUUGUUCCUGAUAAAGGCAUUGUUUUGACAAUAUAUAAUGGACAUCAUGGCCUUUAUGGUCAAAAUUAUACACACAAUAAUGACAUUAGGACAGGAUGGACAAGGUGCAAUUUGACACUGUUAUUGCCAUUCUCAGACAAGCUGAAUGUACUGAACUAGCUAUGUGUCUUUCAAGUGAAUUCGUAUGCCUACUCUCCCUUGUGAAGCUUUUCAAUUAGGCUAUCAAUUCUCCUCCUGUUGUUGCCCUUACUUAUACUCCCAGUAGAUAGCACUGUAAGUAACAUCACCAUGCUUCUGAAUGAAAUGCAUUAUUUUGGAAUAUAUUGGGAGACAAGUCUACAGGAAAUCUCAGGCUCUGAAUAUAGAAGUCCCAGAAAAUGGUUCGUGCCAGCAGGAUCCAGAAUUCUUGGCCAUUAUUAUUUGUGGUGGUUUCAGCAUGGUUCAAGCAUGGUUGAAAGGGUCCCUAAUACUGUAGUGAUAAGAACCAGUGUUUUCUCAGUCGGAGAUAUCCUUUCCAUCCAUUUCAGGCUCCCACUGGCCUACUCAGAAAGAAUAACAAACCAUUCAAUAAUUCACUGUAAAAAUGUAAUUUCAGAAGUAAUCUGAUGCCAACAGUGCUUGCAUUUCUUUUCCUAAUAUGGCAUUUUGGAUGGCAAAUUGAACUAAUGACUGCAGUAAACAUAACGCGCAUGUAAACAUUCGAUUUUAAGGAUGAUUAAACUAUCAAUUAUGAAAGUA